AUUGGUUGAGUCUGCGCAGGUAGUUUAGGAGGAGCAGAGAAGCCACAUCUGUUGGGAGUAAACAAAACCUUAGUUUUUUUUUAACAUACCGGAACUGUCUUGAGUUCCUCAGGGACUACCACAGCUUUACUUUACUGUUGUUUUGUAUCUUUAAACGAUAUGAGCCGCUAAACAUUUCAAAAGGAGAUUUCUAAACACAGUUGUUGUUUGUCACAAUCGACGAACGUUUCCUGAUUCAUCUUAUCAGCGCCGAGGCUGGGACACCUACCUACUGCUGGGUUUCAUUUUGUUGGUGUUGACCUUUACCCAACAUUAUGUGUCACUUGUCACCACGGGUGCACGCAUGACCAUGUUAUUCCAUCUGUUCUUACUCCUUCAACUCCUGUCAUAUGGAGAUUUGGCCUGUAUGAGGGGGUUACUGUCGAAACAUGAAGACCAAGAAGUGUUUGUAGAAGCUGGGGGCGCACAUUCGUUCCUGGGUCGCCGUCUGCUGUUCAACCGGUUUGACUUUGAGCUUUUCGUUCCUGGGAAUCUGGAGAGGGAGUGUUUUGAAGAAGUCUGCAAUUACGAAGAAGCAAGGGAGGUCUUUGAAAACAUCCCGGAGACAGAGAUUUUUUGGAAGAAAUACAUUGCAGAUAAGGACAAGCGCCCCUCACGGCUCGAUGUGACAUCUCUCUUGGUGGGACUGAUUGCUGGUGGAGUGGUUCUUGUUAUUGUUGGCCUCCUGGUCUGGUAUUUCUGUCAUGGCAAAUGCAAGAACAACUUCAGUCGUGCAAACUCCAUUCGAGCGCGACCGAGGAGGAGUAAUGCUUCUUUAAUAAUGCGACGGCUUGAGGAGGUUUCCUUGCAGCCUGUGCUCCCACCUGUACCCCCACUCUCUAUGGAGGAAAUAGACCCCCCGGGACUGCCUUCCUAUGAGCAGGCAAUUGCAAAAAUUGGACCACAUGACGCCCCACCUCCUCCAUAUCCUGGCUCACGACCUGGAAGUAUUCGGCGGUAGUAUCUUCAGGACAAUAUCUCCCCAAUGUCUGUCGACAUUAAGAAGAUUUAACUAACAUUUACACUGUGCUGCUCUGCUUAGCAUUGUAUACCAAUUGUUUAUCAUCACAAUAUUUAAAACACUUCAUCCUCUUUAUUGCUCUGAUUAUCUUUUUCCAUUCAUACAUUUCUAAUCUCUAGAUUACCUUUUCUUUAGCAGUAUAAUCCCCCUUCUUAGUGUGCUUGUGCCAAAACUUAGUUUUGCGUAGCCUCUACUAACUAUUUUCCCCAGCCCUGAUAAUGCUUUCUAAUGUAACUCUAAACUUGUGCUGAAUAAGCUUUAUAAUACAUUUUACCCACUCUGCUGCGUUUUAUCUAAAUGAAAAUGAAGAAUCAAUAAUGUAGUAGACAUGAGAGAUUUAAGUUGCUGGAGUACUAAAGCCUUUAAGGAGCAGUUACUUUAGACACAGCAUGCAUAGAAGGGCUGAGAGCAAGAUUAGAAUUAUGUUUCAUUACACAAUAGGUAUUAAUUGCAAAUGAAGAGAGACUGACUGAAUUGCAGUCAUACAGCUUCUUGUCUAGUAUAGUAAGACUAAACUGAUUUUAAUGGCACGAUGGUAUUAUAUAUCAUUUUGCCAUGCAGAAAAUACUUUUAAGGAUAAUACAAGUGUUUUUGAUGUACCAGGUUGCUUUGCUAAGAUUCACUUUGUACUUUAAGCUGUGUCAUCAUUUUCUUGCUAGUUUAUACACUUCUAUUGUGUAAGGAACUGUAUGUUUUUCACCAACCAAUAAGAAUGCUCUUCUAAUAUGUGAAGUCAUGUUUACUUUGAAUAUAUACAUUGUGGUUAAUUAUUACUUGUACUAUAAAUAAAUGAAGGUGGAAGCUCUUCAAAGGCAAUAUUUUACAUUUACUCAGGACAUUAUUAUAUAUUAUAGCUGUUAUUAAUAUGACAACUAAAACAUAUUUCAACAGUUGGAAUGUAGAACAACAGUUUUUUUCAAAUAAUUUGAAUUAUUAUUUUAAAAGCCUGUUGGGUGUCUCAUUCUGAUCAGAUUAUGCAGAAAUACAAGGUUUAAGGAGUUAUAUUGUCCCUGUAAAAGUUUCAUCAUAACAUUGUGUCUAUUUUUUGAGGAGUAACUUUGUUGAAGCUUAUCAGAACCAGAACUUGAAAUUACUACUUGAAAUUAAAAUCUUUUACGGUUGUUUUAAAUAAAAUUGAUAUUUUAAUUAUU